AUGGAUGCGCGGGUGUCGGAGUUGUUUGGGUCAGGAAAUGGACACUGCUCUGGGUCUCAAGGUGCUGCUUCGAACAACAAACAGGGAAACUGCCUCGGUGUCGCCACCAAAAAGGCUUGUGCAAAGAACAAGAAGGCGAAAGCUCGGUUUUCCCGCAACUUCAAACCAAGCCAUAACACCCCGUAUCUACCACCAGAGGCUGAAGAGGGAAAUAUAGAGUACAAGCUGAAGCUAAUAAACCCCACGCAAAACCGCUUCGAGCACCUGGCGACUCAGAUGAAAUGGCGACUGCAGGAGGGUCGAGGUGAAGCCGUGUAUCAAAUAGGUGUUGAGGAUAAUGGCAUGCUGGUGGGGCUGUCAGAGGAAGACAUGAAGGCAUCGUUAAAGACGCUCCACAAGCUGGCAGAGAAAGUUGGAGCUGACAUUGCGGUUCUACGAAAACGGGAGGUGGAUUACGACUCCGACGUGCCUCGUAAGAUUGCUGAAGUUCUCAUUCGAAAAGUUCCAGAUGACCAGCAGUUCUUAGACCUGCGAGUAGCAGUGCUAGGUAACGUGGACACCGGCAAGUCCACCUUGUUGGGUGUUUUAACUCAGGGAGAACUGGACAACGGACGGGGAAGAGCGAGGCUCAACCUUUUCAGACAUCUGCACGAGAUCCAGACUGGACGCACCUCAAGCAUCAGCUUUGAGAUCCUUGGAUUCAAUAGUAAAGGAGAGGUCGUAAACUACAGUGAGUCUAGGACUGCAGAGGAAAUUUGUGAGAGUGCCUCUAAAAUGAUCACAUUCAUUGAUCUGGCGGGUCACCACAAGUACCUGAAAACCACCAUUUUUGGCCUCACCAGCUACUGUCCAGACUUUGCGAUGCUGGUCGUCAGCGCAAACACCGGCAUUGCUGGUACGACUCGGGAGCACCUGGGCCUCGCCAUGGCUUUGAAGGUGCCCAUCUUCAUUGUUAUCAGUAAAGUGGACCUCUGUACGCGAGCCACUGUGGAGCGCACGGUGCGGCAGUUGGAGCGUGUCCUGAAACAGCCAGGUUGCAACAAAGCGCCCAUGGUUAUUAGCAGUACAGACGAUGCCGUCACAGCAGCUCAACAGUUCGCACAGUCGCCUAAUAUCACACCCAUCUUCACCUUUUCCAGUGUGACUGGUGAGAGUUUAGAUUUACUCAAGGUCUUCUUCAACAUCAUCCCUCCUCUCAGCAACAGCAAGGAGCAGGAGGAGCUCAUGCAGCAGCUAACAGAGUUUCAGGUAGAUGAGAUCUACACUGUUCCAGAGGUGGGAACAGUGGUGGGGGGCACUCUGUACAGUGGGAUUUGCCGUGAAGGGGAUCAUCUUGUUGUAGGGCCCACAGAAUUAGGCCAGUUCCACAAGUUGACCAUCGGCAGCAUCCAAAGGAAUCGCUCGGCAUGCAGGGUGCUCAGGGCCGGUCAGGCAGCUACACUUGCACUAGGCAACUUUGACCGAUCACUGUUACGUAAGGGCAUGGUGAUGGUGAGUCCAGAGAUGGAUCCCACCAUCUGCUGGAUGUUUGAAGCAGAGAUUGUGCUACUCUUCCAUGCCAAGACCUUUCACAAGGGCUUCCAGGUGACUGUGCACAUAGGAAACGUGAGACAGACCGCAACUGUGGAAGCCGUUUAUGGCAAGGAGGAGCUGAGGACCGGCGAGAAAGCCGUGGUUCUAUUCAAGUUCCUCAAACAUCCAGAAUAUCUGAAGGUGGGGGCUAAGCUGCUCUUCAGGGAGGGGCUGACCAAAGGUAUAGGUCAUGUCACCAAGUUGCAGCCAAUCACCCAGUACCAACCAUCCCACGGGGAGGACUAGGAUGUCUAGUUUCCUUUCUAGACAAAUACAGCAGAAAACGUUGUCCUUCCCCCAAAACCAGGUGCUUUAUAAACCACAUCCUGCUUUGAUUAAACAGCCACUCUGACCCGUUUCUGCACAGUAAUGAAUCUCUGCUGCAGAACUGUUUUGUCGACUUGUUCUCAAAGCCUCAUCACCAUCAGUUUUGUUUAUCAUGCCUUUUAAAUACCUGAUGACAAUUAUACCUACGUCCUCGUGAUGUGAAGUGCGAUGCCUCUCAUGGCUUGAUAGAAUGAAUCCUCUCGACCACGUGUAGAACGAAGC